AUGGAUUUCGAAUUCUCUGUACCAAUACAGCCCAGGUUCCUCGCCGGAAUCCCUCUAUCUGUCAAAACAUGGGCAAUUCAACAACUUGGGUUUUACGGCACAGCUUUGCUUUUCGAAUACUUUGACAAAACGACAUUUCGACGCCUGCGCGUGCGCGAGCCGGACCGAAAGCCUUUCAAUCAACUCCUCUUACGCGUCCUGGUGAAUCAAUGCUGCAUUUUGCUGCCAUGUAUGAUGCUCACUCAAGUCGUUGGGAUUUGCUUUACCGGCCCAACCCAUUUACACCCGAUAAACUUUCUCCUCAUACUUCCUGCGAUGGCAGUAGGCCAUGACGUCGUGCAGUAUCUCACCCAUCGAUAUCUUCUUCACAGUCCUAAUAUCAAACUGAUGCGUCUCCUGCGACACUCAGUACACCAUAUGACAACGGCCAGUCGGGGCAUUAGCGCUUGCUACAUGAGCUCGGUGGAUUUUCUCCUCGAGAUCGUUUUCCCGUAUCUGGUUCCACUCAUUCUUGUUGGUGGUGGCGGUGCGGACAUCCGCCUACAGUACCUCGUUGCAGGCCUCGGGGCUAUGGGUGGUGUAUAUGAACAUUCUGGAUAUGAUUUUGGUGUGUCGCUGCGAUCGUUGGGCAAAGCUUCAGAAUCAACGGAUACAGCUGAAAAUUCCAACUCGUAUAUUUCUCUCGCCGUACUUCGGGCUCUGGGUGGGAUCUUCGAUAAUCGCGCUCAUGGGGAACAUCAUGCCCGAGCCAAUGUAUCUUUCGCGGAUGGAUUUGGAAAUCCCGGGGUCUGUGAUACGCUUUUCGGGACGCGGUUCGAUCUGUCUGGGACUCAGUGGACAUUGGCGGAGAAGGAAUGGAGAAGCCAGACGGUAUCUUCUCGCCGAUAG